GCUCUCCGCAUGCAAGCGUCAUCAUCCUCAAUACAAUGGGUCUCUUGCGACCCCUCCGUUGUCUCGAACCCUGCACUCUCCUGUGGCUUCUUCGACAUCCCGCUCGACUACCACGACCCCGCCGCCGGUCGGGGCAGGCUUGCGGUCAUCAAGGCGAAUGCGACGGGCCCGCGGCGUGGGACGGUCUUCUUCAACCCAGGGGGCCCGGGGGGAUCCGGGCUCGAGGCGCUGGACGCGGACGCGGCUGUGUUGGGCGGCCUCACCGGGGGCGUGUACGACAUCGUGAGUUGGGACCCGAGGGGCGUCGGGGCGCUGACCGUGCCAGGGGAGAUCUUCUGCUUCGGCAGCGCGGAAGAACACGACGCGUUCUUUAACGGCACCAUCGAGCUUACUGGGGUCGAGUACACGGGCAGCUUCACCGACCCAGCGGACGUCCACGCUUUGUUCUCUCAAACCAAGGUUCUUCAGCACAAGUACGAGGAGGUCGGCCGGAAGUGCCUCGAGGGCCCGUCGGGGCGGUAUCUGAAGUAUGUCGGGGCGGCAGCGACGGUGCGCGACAUGAUUGCACUGGCGGAUGCACUGGACGGGGAGGGGGCAGAGGUGAAUUAUGUUGGGGUGUCGUAUGGGACGCUGUUGGGGUCGUGGUUUGUGAAUAUGUUCCCGGAUCGCGUCGGGCGGGUGAUCUUGGACGGCGUAGUCGAUCCCGUCAGCUUUGCGACCGAACAGAUUUCAUUGAACGCCGCGAACUUUCUGCUCAAAGACGCAGACAAAGUGUACGAAGCCUUCAUCACCGGCUGCCUUCUCUCCGGCACCACUGGAUGUCCCAUUGCCGCGAACGCGUCGAGCCCCGAGGAAGUCAACCAGAACGUCCAAGCGCUGCUGCGAGCUGCGCAUGACGCUGCUCGGAGGGACCCAUCCGUCGCGGUCUCUUCAAGCGUGAUCCGGUCUUUGCUCUACACACAGAUGGAGUCGCCGGAAGGGUGGUCGCAGUUAGCGAACGUCACGUAUCCACAGCUUGUCCAGGCAGUGGCACAGGAAGUUAGUGAGAGCACGUUCUUGCCGUCACGGUUUGGACGCCCCAGAAACCCUCUGCGAUCGCGCUCCAGCGCCAGUGAGACAGGGGUGUCCUACACCAGCCAAGCGAUCUGGUGUGGGGACAGCGUCGACCGGGCCAGCACGACUAUGCUCAACAUUUUCGACGACCUGGUAGCCGGGACUAGACGUGUUUCCCACCUAUUCGGGGGUCUGUGGCCGACUGCGUUCUAUUCGUGUCCUUUCUGGCCUGUGCGGUCGGUGGAGAGGUAUCGAGGCCCGUUCAAUAGGACGCUGGCGAACAAGAUCCUGGUGGCGAGCAACUUGCUCGAUCCCGCGACGCCUAUCGCCGGCGCCCAAAGGGUGGCUGGUCUCCUCGGCGAGAACGCGACACUCGUCACGCAGAACGCUUUUGGGCACACCACGCUGUCAGAGCCGUCCACUUGCGUGAGCACGAUAAUGAUGACGUACAUGCUCACAGGAAAGCUUCCCGAGGGGCCGGUGGUGUGCGAGGUUGAUGGAGGCUUUGAAAUGUUCGAGGGAGUGGACACUUCGGACAUCUUGGCUCGGUUGUCAGGUCCCGAUGUGCGAACGCGGUAAUGUCAAAUGGGUAGCUGUGAACAGG